CGAAAUACUCCCCUGGACAGGGAUUUGGUUGUCUCCAUAUUAUUUUUUAUCAGUAGCUGGCUUCUGCAUAACAGUGACACAAACAGAGAUCGGAUCAUUUUAUUGCACUUCGGGAUUCAGCGAUUACUUAAGAUGAAGUUAAGCAUUAACUGGAUUCAUGCCAAUCAAUUCCAUAGUCUCAUGAAAGUUUUUUUUUCUUUUUUUUUCUGGAGGUUUAUGGCUGAUAAGCGAUGGUAACUAGCUCACAAGUUAGCGAUUGCUCGACGGCGGAGAGAAGUUAAGCAUUAACGGGAUCUACGCUUACAAACUCUGUUUUUUCAGUACCUCUGGGAAUCUUUAAAGAAUCACAGCCAGUGAUUACCUCUAUUUGUUGCUCACAAGGAGCAUCACCUCUAUUCACACUGAUUGCUAGAGGUGAGAGAGGUGAAAAUAUGUCUGCUGCUCUUGACGAGUAUUGCGGGUCAACAUUUUGGAACGACUCGUUCCUGAAUCGCACGGAUCCGGACCUGCCGGUUUGUGUGGAGAGAACGGUGUUGGUAUGGAUACCGCUGGGAUUCCUGUGGCUUUGUGCUCCCUUACACAUAGCCAGACUCUUCAAGAAAAAAGCACCUCAAACUCCAUUCUCAGAACUCUACAUCUGCAAACAGGUUGUGGCAGGACUUUUGUUCCUGACAGCUGUUGCUGGACUUGCUGUCACACUUGCCGAAGAUUACGGACCGUCGAAAGACUCGUCGGCUGAAAAAAAUCCUACUGUGCUUUAUGUUAAUCCUGUGCUGUUUGGAGUCUCUUGGGUUUUGGUGAUGCUCAUGCAGGAAGCUGUUCGGUGCAAGGAGAGAGCCGUCGAUUCUUCGAGCCUUUUCCUGUUCUGGUUGCUGUUGGUCAUCUGCGACAUAUUUCCUUUCCAAACCAUUCUAAGAGACGCACUGAAGCAGGAGAACGUAGCAGAUCUCCCCAGGUUUUGUCUUUUCUACAUAGCUUAUUUACUUGAGCUGGUUGCUUUGGUUUUAUCAGCCAUCGCUGAUGUCUCACCUGAGGUUGAGGAGCUGACAAAAAAGAACCCUGAAGCUACUGCUACAUUUCUUAGCAGAAUCACUUUCAACUGGUUUAACUGGAUGGUCAUCAAUGGCUUCAAAAGGCCACUGGUGCAGGAGGACAUGUGGGAGUUGAACGAGAAGGACAGCACAGGUUACAUCAGCCAGAGGUUUGAGGAAAUCAUGAAAGAAGAGCUCAGGAAGGGUCGGCAAAGACUACAGAAGAAACAGAGCAAGAAGAAAGAAUCAACACUGAAGCUUGAUCGUGAGCAGAAUGACCUGGCCAAGGGAGUCAGUCAGGAUAUCCUAAUCAUGGAGGAGAGAGGAGAAAAGGCUGAAAAGAAAAAGAAAAAGAAGGAAAAAAAGGACAGUGUUUCAGAUUAUCCCGACUCUUGGUUGGUGCCCACCAUCAUGAAAACAUUUAAAUGGGUUCUUCUAGAGUCCGCUGUCUUCAAACUAUUACAAGACCUUUUAUCAUUUGUGAGUCCACAGCUGCUCAAGGUCAUGAUAACCUUCACUCAGGACAAAUCCAUUUACACAUGGUGGGGUUACAUUUAUGCCGUACUGCUCCUGAUUGUGGCAAUGCUCCAGUCCUUGUUCCUCCAACAGUAUUUUCAGCGCUGUUUUGCUCUGGGUAUGCAAGUACGCACAGCUAUCAUGGCUGUAGUGUAUAAGAAGGCACUGAUCAUGUCUAACAAAGCAAGGAAGGAGUCCACUGUAGGGGAAACGGUCAAUCUGAUGUCAGCCGAUGCUCAACGCUUCAACGACAUAACUAACUUUAUCCACCUUCUGUGGUCGUGUCCACUGCAGAUCUGUAUAUCCAUAGCUUUUCUGUGGAUUGAACUGGGGCCUUCUGUUCUCGCUGGUCUCUUAGUGAUGUUGCUUAUGGUUCCCAUUAAUGGGUUACUGGCCGCCAAAUCCAGGACUUUCCAGGUGGAAAACAUGAAGUAUAAAGACAAGCGUAUGAAAAUAAUGACUGAAAUCUUAAACGGCAUUAAGAUUCUUAAACUUUAUGCUUGGGAGCCCUCUUUCCAGGCUCAGGUACAGGAUGUAAGAGAGAAGGAGUUGAAAGUGAUGAGGAAGUUUGCUUACUUGUCAUCCAUCUCCACUUUCAUCUUCUCCUGUGCUCCAGCUCUGGUGUCGCUGGUGACCUUUGCUGUUUUUGUGUCUGUCGAUUCGGAUAACAUCUUAGAUGCACAAAAAGCUUUUACAUCUAUUUCUCUCUUCAACAUACUGCGUUUCCCUUUGGCUAUGCUCCCCAUGCUGAUUUCCUCCAUCGUACAGACGACUGUAUCCAAAAAAAGGCUGGAGAAGUUUCUAGGUGGAGACGAUUUGGACACCAUGGCAGUCCAGCACACUGACAGCAAGGACACAGCAGUAAGCAUCAACAACGGCACUUUUACUUGGGGGAUCGAUUCCAAACCAGUUCUGCAGAACGUGUCUCUGGAUAUUAAACCAGGCCGUCUUGUAGCUGUGGUGGGAGCAGUAGGUUCGGGGAAAUCCUCUCUGAUCUCAGCUCUGCUCGGGGAAAUGCACAACCUCUCCGGCUCAGUCCACAUCAAGUAUACACGAUGCAUCCGUGCCUCCAGGCGAACAGGAUCUGUAGCGUACGUGCCACAGCAAGCCUGGAUUCAGAACGCUACUCUGAAGGAUAACAUCUUGUUUGGCUCAGAUGUGGACGAGCAGAAGUUCCAGACUGUAGUGAAAGCCUGUGCGUUACAGACAGACCUGGAUUUACUUCCUGGUGGAGCUCUGACUGAAAUCGGCGAGAAAGGCAUCAAUCUGAGUGGAGGGCAGAAGCAGCGAGUGAGUCUGGCUCGAGCAGCCUACAGCUCUGCCGAUGUGUUCCUGUUGGACGACCCGCUCUCUGCUGUUGACGCUCACGUGGGGAAACAUCUGUUUGAGAAGGUGAUUGGACCCAAUGGCCUGCUUAAAAAUAAGACUCGUAUCCUGAUAACUCAUGGGAUCAGCUUCCUGCCACAUGUGGAUGAAAUAGUUGUCUUAGUGGAUGGCGUCGUGUCAGAAGUUGGGUCAUAUAACAGUUUACGUGCCAGCAAAGGUGCUUUCUCUGAGUUUCUGGACACAUAUGCUAAAGAGGAGAACAAGUCUAAUGCACAAAAAGACUCUGCUUCAGAUAUUGAGGAGGUUGACAUUAUUCCUGAGAGUCACGAUCCCCAGCCCGACAGUCCUGCUGAGGAUGUAGUGUCUGUCAUGUUGAAGAGAGAAAACAGCUUACGUCACAGCCAGCGCCAUUCAAUGCGCAAUGGCAGCAUAAAGGUAAGAAGGAACAGCUCAGCUCGGACUAAAAAAACAGUAGAGGAAUCCAAGAAAGGACAGCGGCUGAUUGAAAGGGAAACAAUGGAGACUGGACAGGUCAAGUUAUCUGUGUAUCUGCAAUACCUGAGAUCUCUUGGCUGGGGCUACGCCACCACAUUCAUUAUCGUUUACUUCAUCCAAAAUUUGGCCUUCAUAGGUCAGAACCUAUGGCUGAGCGACUGGACCAAUGAUGCUACUAAGUAUCCCAAUGGAAGCAGCUACCCUGCUCAUAUCAGAGAUAUGAGAAUUGGAGUAUUUGGAGCACUUGGGGUGGCACAGGGUUUUUUUGUGUUUCUCGGCACUUUGCUCCUGGCUGAUGGAGCAAUUCGUGCCUCCAGAAUUUUGCACAGUCGAUUACUGAACAACAUCCUCAGAGCACCAAUGCUGUUUUUCGACACCACACCGUCAGGAAGAGUGGUCAACCGCUUUGCCAAAGACGUACUUACUGUGGAUGAGAUGAUCCCCGUGUCUUUCCGUUCUUGGAUCCUCUGUCUGUUUGGUGUCCUUGGCACCUUAUUUGUCAUCUGUCUUGCCACUCCACUUUUCACAGCGGUCAUUGUGCCUCUUGCUGUGGUCUAUUACUUUGUGCAGAGGUUCUAUGUGGCCACUUCAAGGCAGCUGAGGCGAUUAGACUCUGUUUCCCGUUCUCCUAUCUACUCCCAUUUUGGAGAAACGGUAGCUGGCCUUUCCGUCAUUCGAGCUUACAGACAUCAGAAGCGCUUUCUGGAAUACAACAAAGUCACUAUUGAUAACAACCUCAAGAGCAUCUAUCCUUGGAUUGUUUCUAAUCGAUGGCUAGCUAUCCGGCUGGAAUCCCUGGGUAAUCUGGUGGUGUUUUUCUCAGCGUUGUUCGCAGUGAUAUCUCGAGAUUCCCUGGAUAGUGGGUUGGUCGGAUUAUCCAUCUCGUACGCCCUAAAUGUGACUCAGACACUGAACUGGCUUGUGAGAAUGACAUCAGAGCUGGAGACAAACAUCGUGGCCGUGGAAAGAGUCAGCGAAUACACGAAUAUUAAUAAUGAGGCUCCAUGGAUCACAGAUAAAUGUCCUCCAAAAGACUGGCCUACUUUAGGAAAGAUCCGAUUCGAGGACUACAAGGUCCGAUACCGACCUGAGCUGGAGCUUGUUCUUCAUGGCAUCACCUGCAACAUCGAAGACACUGAAAAGAUCGGCAUUGUUGGGCGUACAGGAGCGGGCAAGUCCAGCCUGACAAACUGUCUGUUCCGCAUCAUGGAGGCAGCUGAGGGACGUAUCGUAAUAGACGGAGUCGAUAUCUCCACCUUGGGCCUACACGCUCUCAGGAGCCGAUUAACCAUUAUUCCACAGGAUCCGGUGCUGUUCUCUGGGACUCUACGGAUGAAUCUGGACCCUUUCGAGGCAUUCAGUGAUGACGAUAUUUGGAAAGUGUUAGAAUUGUCUCACCUGAAGGAUUAUGUGGUGACUCUGCCAGCAGGGUUGCAGCAUGAAGUCGCAGAAGGAGGAGAAAAUCUCAGUGUGGGACAGAGGCAGCUGCUGUGUCUGGCUAGGGCUUUGCUACGGAAGUCAAAGAUCCUGAUCCUGGAUGAGGCCACGGCCGCCGUCGAUUUAGAGACAGACGAACUGAUCCAGAGCACCAUCACGCGAGAGUUCUCCCAGUGCACUGUGCUCACCAUCGCCCAUCGCAUCCACACCAUCCUCAACAGCACACGGGUGAUGGUUCUGGAUGCUGGGAAAAUAGUGGAGUUUGAUUCCCCGAGUGUACUAUUUGAGAAGAAGGGCCACUUUUAUGGUCUGGCUAAAGAAGCCGGGAUCUCAUCGAUGCAGUACUCAGUGCUGUGAACUUGAUAGCAGUGCCUGAAUUGGGCAGUAAACUGGACUCUGAAAUGAGAAGCUGCAGCUUUUAUCGUGUUCACUGACGCUUUGUGACUAUAAGUAAGGAAGAAGUGUAGCUAUUAGUCUCUUUCAAAAUAUGAACUUCCACUAAAAGGCCGCAAAAAGCUUUAACAACAUCUUUUCGGUUUCUGUACUGUAAUAUUAAUAUUAUGUAUUAAUAAUAUUUAAUACAGUCUGAUUUUAAUUGUGUCACAUUUUUUUAGCAAUAGGCAUCGUCACAGAGCAGCCUUACAGGAAACAGUGUGUGCAAACAAACAUGGAGAAUGUACAGUGGAGGGUCCGGGUUUACUUUCUAUGUUUGCCUCUUUGUGGAAGAUCUGUGCGUGUGUGUGUGUGUGUGUGUGUGAGUGUGUGUGUGUGUGUGUUAGGCUGUAUGUAUGCAAGUAAUGUUACUUGUUUGUGUGCAGUGUUGCAUGUUUAGAGUAUGUGAAAUUGUACAAGGUGUGUGCACUUGCAUGUAUAAACUGCAAAAAACA